AUGAUAGGGAACGUGUUUUCCUCGUCAGCUUUCACGGACAUUUUGAGAUCAGACCUUGAUCCCUUCGGAGCAUUGACAGAACUAGUCGCUAAGGAAUUUCGCGAUAGAUUUCUGGCUGUGCUCCAUGCCUUGGAUGUUCAGUCCGCCGCACCUUUGGUGGGUAUUCAGAGUAUCGACAGGACUACUACCUUCGCAGAGACGGAUCAAACUGCAAGGCAAUCAUUCGCUCAAUUUACCGAUUCGAUAGGAGAAAGGAUAGGCCCUGAUGCUGCCGUAAGCCUGUCUUCCCCGCUUCUCCUAGCUUUUGAAGAAAUUGAUUUUCUUCAAGUAGUACUCCACCAAUUUUUCAUUGUUUUUGUUUUUAUCUUCGCAGCAAUAGGGUGUGUAGUUUUAUGGACCACAUCGAGUGCACAAGUUCAAGAGCUAUCCACUACAUCUGAAAUUAUGAGAACCCUAGGAAUGCCGCGAUCACAGGUACAAAUGUUUGGGUGUCUUAUAUCAUUGCGGUAUUUGGUUGUUGGUAUCGUUCUUGGAACUCUAUUGACCGGGGCUGGGUUGUUGCUCAUAUCAAAAACUUUAUCAAAAUUCCUCAGAAUGCCUGCUCGAGCAAUUACGUUCGUCCCUGUCCUUCUUGCAGUUGUCCUAGGAGUCGUAGUGCCCUGUCUUGGAAGUCUAUUACCUUGCAGUCGUAUUGCGGCACUGUCAAGCAGACGAAACCCCCGGCAACGCAUUGGGAAGAAAGAAAGUUCAAUUAUUGUCAAACGGUUGCAGAAUUUUGGAUGGAAUGUGUCAGUGUUAGCUGCUGCGAGCAUAAUGACUAUCUACGGAGCAGUGUUCUACUUUUUUCUUCCGAAGUCAUUUUUAGAAGAGGACUACAGUUUGUUCUUCGGAAUCAUGAAUAUUUCCGUUACAGGCAUAAUCCUUGGCCUCGUAUUCAUACUUCAGCCCUUGCAAGAAUGUGUGCAAUAUGUCUUCGCAUUCAUCUUUGUGUCCAUUGGAAAAGCAUGCAAUUUCAUUGGGCGUAUCUCUACACGUUCUGAAAGAUGCCUAUUCUCUUGCGUACGGAGGAAUAUGAAAAACCAUCGCCGCCGCAAUCGGGACGCCGCUUUAGUUUUAUCUUUUUCCAUGGCGCUGUUGAUGUUUGCCUGGUCCUUUACGAAAGUACAAAUAGUUGGCAUCACAGAAUCCAUACGAGAGUCCCUGGGCAGUGAUAUUGUUCUCACAGCGAGGGAUAGAUCAAUACCUUUGAACGAAACACUGCUUCGAGAACAUAUGAAAGAUCUAUCAAUUCAAAAUGUCGUAAAGAAGUUCACCUUCAUAACGUUUCCUCUUUUCAAGAAGCUUCAAGUGACAGGAAUAGCUGAAUGGCCUAUAUCAGAGCCUCUACAAGUCUACGGAAUUGACAAAUAUUUCUUCGAGACUGUGUUUCAGGACAUUACGAUCUUGUCCCGUAAUCCCAUGGAUCCAGAUAGCGACGAGACAUUGUUUCAACUCUUGCAAAAAUCUCCCGAUCCAAAAGCUGAGCAGAACGAAGCAAUGUUGGAAUCGAAGGCUCUCAACACAAUACCAGUCAGUUUGUCAGAGGGAUUUCGUAAUGUCUUUGCACUUGAAUCUUCAAGUGUGUUGCAGCUCCGUAUGCAAUCGCUCAGCUUUAUGGCAACGGCUCCAAUAUUAGUGGAGAAGCUGCCUGCGUUCAUUUUCUCUAAGUUUGCAUCCACAAUAUCAACUUCCCCACUUGUUGUUUCUGAAGCCAGCUUUCGUCGGUUCUAUGAAGUUCUAGGUCAGCGUUUGGAUACUGAAGGAAAUUCUAUGCUCUUAGAGGAAAGUAUGAACAAGGAAAUGAGCCCAAAGCAGCGUCUUCUCAUUUUGCUUCAACCUGGAUCGUCAACGAGGGCAGUGAAGGAUCACAUUCAAAUGUUUGGAACGGACAGGUUGAUUGUUCGAGAUAUUGAAGGCAAUCUUGAAGAAGUUUAUGGACUUGAAAAAAUGUUAAUGGCCGUGAAUGCAGUUUCUCUAAUCAUGCUCUCAUUACUUUCCGGUAGCAUGCUGUUUGUUGUCUUCCACGAAAACGGAAAAGCUGCGAAUUGGGAGAUGGGAUUAUUACGAGCACUUGGCCUCACAAACAAGCAGGUCUUCCAGAUACUGUCAUAUGAAUACGUUUCGUUAACACUUUCUGGAUUGUUGAGUGGAAGCACUGUGGGGAUUGUGGCCUCGUUUGUUCUUGUGCUACAAGAUGAGUUGUUUCGGGGAAUAAGACAAAAAAUCAGUUUCCCGUUUCUCCCGAAUGUGAUUCUUUGCUUCGCGUCGUUACUGACAGCCAUGAUUUCGACCGCACUUGCUUGGAGAAAAAUCUGCAGCAGUGAGGCAUGUGCUAUUCUGAGAGGCGGAUAGAAUGGAUCUGUUCCAAUAUCCGCAAUGUGUGAAUCAGGCGCUGCACAGAGGUUGUCGCAGGACCGUUCCGAAUCCAGUUGUUAGCCAGAGCAUGAAGCCACAGAGAAAUUAAAGAGCUCGAUGUUCU